UAAAUAUUGUAAAGUUAGGUAAUAGGGGCAGUAAUCAAUCGCAUACCUAGAUUUUAUACUCCUCCCUCCCUCCCGAGCGAUCGAUCUGAUGUACGUUCUUGUCGAUCUCAACUACUCCAUUCAUCAUGACUUCCCUACAAAACAAUCAAGAAACUAUGCAAACCAACUAUGAGGUCCCUGCGUCGGGCCUCCAGAGCAAUGCUCACCCACAGUGUAAUGGGACUCCUAUGGAAUCCAAAAACAUUCUAGAAAUAGAUCCAAACGAAUUGCUAAUUGAACCGGAGAAAAAGCCAGACUACACUUUGCAUCAUCAUCCUGCAGCUGACAUAAAAAAUGAAAACUUGAACAAUAUCCAAGGCCAGUUUUACCCUUUCUUCCAGUAUGCUCCAUUUACCCUGUUUCCUCCCUGUGACUAUCAGCAUCAAGAGUUCCAUUAUUUUGUGGUUAUUGAUUUUGAGGCUACAUGCGAUAAGGAAAGAAAUCCUCAUCCUCAAGAGAUCAUUGAGUUUCCCUCGGUUAUAGUGAGUAGUUUCACUGGUCAACUGGAAGCUUGUUUCCAAACAUAUGUUCGUCCAACAUGCAAUCAGCUCUUAACUGACUUUUGCAAGGAUUUGACCGGUAUCCAUCAAUUUCAGGUGGACAGAGGAGUUACUCUUAGUGAAGCACUUGUUCGACAUGACAAAUGGCUGGAGAUGAAGGGGAUAAAGAAUGCCAACUUUGCUGUGGUUACAUGGUCAAACUGGGACUGUAGAGUCAUGCUGGAAUCAGAAUGCAGAUUCAAGAAAAUUCGUAAGCCUUGUUAUUUUAACCGAUGGAUCAACUUAAAAGCAGCAUUCUGUGAGGUGUUUGGUGUGGCAAAAUGCAAUUUGAAGGAGGCAGUGCAGCUGGCGGGUCUGUCAUGGCAGGGUAGAGCUCACUGUGGUUUAGAUGAUGCCAGGAACACCGCCCGCCUACUUGCUCUGAUGAUGCACAGGGGUUUCAAGUUCUCAAUCACCAAUUCUUUGAUGUGCCAUCCUGAUCUCACUUGGAAACCACCACCACCUGGACAUCUGCAUUUCCUUCCGCUCUUUCACCAUCCUUGCUGUUUCUGUGGGGUCAAAAGCAGUAAAGGAAUGGUUCGCAAACCAGGUCCCAAACAAGGCAGCUGCUUCUUUGGUUGCGGGAAUUGGACUUCUGCUAGAGGCGCACGUUGCCACUACUUCCAAUGGGCUUGAAUUUUCUACCCUCUCAGUUUAAGCUAUGUUGUAAAAAAAGAAGAAAAAAGGACAAAAAGUUAAGAAGAAGAAGAAAAACACCAGGAUGCUGGAAGUUGCUCUGGUUGUUAACAAAGUAAAUAUCUUAUGAUUGGCUCUGAGUAGGGUUUUUAGCAGUAUUUUUUUGGGUAAAGGGUUACCCCGGUUCACUUUCAUAUAUCACAACCAAUAAAAACAAGUAGUAAGGAGAGUCCUUACUAGUUCACAAUCCUGACAUGCCAGGAAAGUGUUAACACGCUAAACGCAAACCACAAACAAACCAAAAACAACUCUAGCUUCUAACUAGAAGAAAUUCUAUAUGGGUAAAUUGGAUCCAUGAGCACAAAAUAAAAGGCCAGUCGUUCUGGCAGCUUCGGUCAAGGGGAAAUAGUGCAACCGGGUGGCGAAAUAUUUUGAACCUUCGUGAUCGAAUUCGUCCUUUUAUUAUCUCGAAGAUUGGGGAUGGUCUUAGUAAAACAAAGGUUUGUGAGAUUCUGAAUAAUGGGGAUUGGGGGUGGCCGAGAGCAUGGAUGGAUUUAUUUCCGGUCUUAUUGAACAUACAGCCACCUACUAUUUGUUCUAAUCGUUCUGAUUUUCUUGUGUGGUGUGACGGUACGGGAGACGAACAGGAUUACUCAGCAUCUUUGGUGUGGAAUUCGAUCCGUAGUCAGGGUGCUAGUGUCCCAUGGGUUGACAUAGUUUGGUUUGCAAACUGUAUCCCGAGACAUGCGUUUUUGGCGUGGCUCAUCUGCAAGCAGAAACUCAAGACGCAAGAUAAAUUAAGGCAAUGGGAUGUAGGAGGCCUUUCUAAUCCCAAUCGGUUAUCAUGUCCGCUGUGUUGUUUGGAACCGGAUUCACAUGAUCACUUGUUUUUUCAAUUUGCAUGACUAACUAUCUUCUUAAAUAAUACAUGAAGUGGGGCUAUACAUAUGUCUAUCUGUGUGUUGGCUGCCAAUUGGUUUGCCUAAACUGUUUUC